CGCUUUUGGCCCAGUUCCAGCUUUUCCCAUGACGCGGAGCGCGCUUUGCACUUGCCACUGGCCCCGCCGCCUUCUGGCUUUAAGCUUUGUAGUGGUGGUCAACUGCGCUGCUGGGGUGUCAGCUGCAUUGUGCAGCCUGAAGCGCUGUGAUGACAUAUCAGCACAGCUGCAAGAGCUGCAAAGGCGGGAACAGCGGCAGAUGGAAGAAGAGACGGCCCGGCUGCGGCAGUGGCUGCGGCGCACGACGGCAGCGGCGGUCGCCAGUUGUGUGCUGUGGGCGGGCGUGGCGGCUGCUGCUGCAAUGGUGCUCAACCGGCUGGAGCUGGCGCCGCCGUGGAGCGCGGCGGGUCUGGGCGCCCCGGACUCCGAGGUCCGGCGGCAUCGUCGUCGUCAUCAUCAGCAGGUGUGCCGGCUGCCACCUCCGCCCGCCGCGACGGGCGGGGCCUGUGGUACGGAUGCCCCCAACGGCUGCAAGAGUGAGGACAACGAGCGCCUGCAGCAGGGAAGCGGAGGCAUCGCCGCUGCCGUGCCGGCUCAGCAACCGCCGCCGCCGGAUUCAUCGGCUUCCGCUGGCGCGUACAUGGUGCGGUGGCCGGAGCUCAUUGUGGCUUGCUUGGUAUUGUGCUACACCGUGCUUGCGCCGCCACCUUGUCGCCACAUCCGCCUGCUGCACUUCCCGCUGUUGCCGCUGCCGCUGCCACUAUCGCUCUUCGUUGCGUACGUGCUACACAUACAGGCGGUGGAAGUUUCCCUCAUGACAGCCACAGCCGGUGAGCCCCUCGGCUACACCAACACCCGUGUGGGGCAGCUGGUGGUGCGGGGGGCCGACUGGGCGGCGAAGGACGGCGACGACGACGGCGGCGCGGGACACCUGGGGGUGGUGGAGAGCGUGGUGUCCGCCGGGGCGGCGGCAGGCGUGCAAACCGUCCGAGUGCGGUGGCUGAAGACGGGUGUGGAGACAGAAGCGCAACUGCAGGGCGGCAAGCCGGCGGGCUGCCGUACGUUCUGUGUGGCCGUGGUGGACAUAGCUGCGUACUAGCCUGGACACCGGGGGUCAGGGCCGCCACGGCGGGUAGAUGCGGGUUGCCGGUGCAGCGGGUGGAUGGAGUUGGCUUCGCUCAUUAUGCGCCGGUGGUACAAGGGGCCACCCGGAACACGGGUGGGCUUUCAGCAACCCGCCCUGGCUUUCCGCUCCCCCCACUGCACGUGGUGUGGUGUUGAACGUGGUGGCCGCCGGGGUGGUGGGCGUCCAGUUCAUGCAUCAAGUGCGGCGGCUGAGGACGGGCGGGCAUGUAUAACGAAUGAUGUGUGGCUGCAGGGCGGCGGCCAACAGCCGGCGGAUGGCCGGACGGUCUGAUGUGUGGCUAAAUGUGUGGAUAGAUGUGCGCGCUUGACAAUCAGUUUACAGGCAGCAGUGCUGCUGGCUUACUUAGCCCGCUGUGCGUGUUGUCAGAGCGCAGCUUUGCCAAUAAUGGGAUGCUGGAUGGCACGAAGGCAAUAAUUGAAAGUCGGCCUACCUCCUCUGCCUGCUAGAAUAAUACGGCGGUAUUUGAACCAAGUUGGCAGGAGAUGUGGGACUACUGGCUUUGUGGAUGGGGCCUGACAGCACAGCACGGAAAUCUCUUGAGUUUUGACAUGGAGGAUGCGCGCGCUCAUGGCGUUGCAUUAUCGGGGGGUAAACAUGCCAGGCACUUCGUCUGCCUAGGGAGACGCACAGUGUGUUCGACUGGUACGGUACGCCAAACACUGGAAACCCUGGUGCUGAGGAAACCCUGGAACCCAGAGCCCUGAUGUAAACUUCACCAGCA